GUUUUCUGUGAUCUGCGUCAACAGAGGCGACUAGAAAAUUUGAACAUUUUAGUUUUCUAUUCACGCGGAAAAGUGUUGUGGAGUUAUCUAGAUCCUCAAUAACUUCUAGACAAGUUGAUAAUUAAACGAAAAUUCGGAUGGACAAUAAUGUGACCUCGAGGUCGAAGAAAAGAAAUGAUUGACGGGUCUUAGGGAACAGUCUUGUCCCUUUUAGGGCUGGGCUGCUAAGGGAUCUCCCCGAAAUCAUUUCCAACUUUAGCCAUCGAUGGACAAAGAGCGAAAACUCAAGAUUUAUCGUCAAUGUUUGUGGUACUUCGUAUGGAAAUCGUAGUUUUGUUAAGUUAACAAUGAAGUCGACUUUGAUUUUAGGGAUCAUCUACUAUUUAGGAGCCAGUGUUAAGGCAGAGGAAAACAAAUGGGUUUGGCAGGAUAAUGGAAGAAAUGGAGAGGCUAGGAAUCGUGGUCUAAGAUAUGAAAAGCCUGACAAGGGAAGGUAUAACAUUUACGAAAAUCAGGAUGUUUACGAACCCAACAGACCCGUAGAUGAGAGGCCGAUAUAUCCAGACUCUGGAUACGUAUCCAGACCACAACUUGGUCCUUAUCAAAACGAGAGACCAUACAAUCAGAGACCGCCCUUGAUUCAAAAUAAUAGGCCAGGUGGACUAUAUGGUAACGGUGGAGGAGGCUAUGGUAGACCAGUACCUUCAGACGGGUACUAUCCCAACGAUCCAAGUGACCCAGGGGUGUUGACUGGUCCCAUACCAUCGUGGGUUAAAGAAGGGCCAUUCAAGAACUACGACACUUGCAAGUGUACCGAAAAGUUUAACUGUAGAUCGCCAGGGAUAAGUUACGGACAUUGUGACGUUGGCAAGAAGUAUUGCUGUUACAAUCGCAACAAAAUCGAGGAUCUGGGCAGUGAUUAUCCUAGUAGACCCGUGCAUUCUGCUGAGAACGGUAUACUGGUAGGUCCUGGAGGUCCUGUUGGUCAUCUGGGAAGGCCUGGGUUAGUGAAUAGGCCAGACAAUGGUAUAUUAGUAGGACCAGGAAAUGAUUUUGGUAGACCUGGAGGAUUCAACAGGCCAGGUUUGAUAGGUGGAAGACCAAAUGGUUAUGGGUCGCAAAACGGUGUCCUUGUAGGUCCUGGUGCAAGGCCAUACGAUAGGAGAGAUUACUGACUGUGAUAACGAAAUGAACCCAAUUGUUCAUCAAAAUCGUGAGUGUAUAUAAUGUAUAUUUUUCGAUGUUUAUCGUUUGGUAAGAAAAUCCAAUUAUUUUAGCAUAAACCGUUCAUAUUUCUCUGUUUUUAGUCGUACAUUAUGGAAACCACUUAUGGUAGAAUAAGAUAUUGUA